CUUUCAUAGAACAUAACUUUACAAUAUAAUAGUAAUGUUGCUUAAAACAAUAUAUACAGUCUGAUGAUGUACGAUGGAGCAAAUAUUUAAUGAUUGAAUGUAUAAUGGGAAUAUAUUUAUGAAUAUGGACCAAUCUAUGUAAAUAUUUGUAUAAAUACUUGGUUUAACAGAUAAAAUGAAAUCUGUUCUGUCAGAAUGUGGUAUACAAUCACAUAUAUCAGAUAAAACUGUAGAUUCAAACAAUCCUUCGGAAGCUGAGGAUUAUGAUAGAUUUGAAUAUAAUUAUGGAUGGGCACGGAGUAGAAAAUUUCUAAAACAGCUGGUUAAAGACAAUAUUGAUUUGUCUCUAGUGGAAUAUGAAAUAUUACGGCAUACGAAAAAUAAAAGGCCAAAAACGUGGAAACAGUAUUUCCUAGUUUGCCUUCGGAGUAAUAUUCUACAAGUAUUAAUGUCUUUAUUAGUAUUACUUGAUGCUGGGAUUGUAAUCAGUGAAAUAGUUUUGGAAAUACAAUCACUUCAAACGUACAAAAGUAAUUUUCGCACACAGCUUGAAGAAUUUCGUGAUAUUAUAUGCACUGUUAUGUAUAGAACUGCACCUGAAAUGGAACUUCCUUUUCAAUGUUAUUCAGAUGAACGGGAACUGCAUUUCAGAAAAUCUAGUAAAAAAAUAAAUUUCACAUAUUAUAACAAAGUUAUGCGAAAUCAAACUUCUCCAGUUGAACAUGCGAGUCAAGUAAAAAUCUAUACUGAAGAAUCAAAUUUUACAAAUCCAAGUCCUAGAAUACAGAAAACACAUCAUUUUCAUCUUAACAAUCACCUCGAGAAAGAUGAUGAAUUAUUGAUGGAUAUGUGUAGCUUCCUUUCUCACUGGUACCAAAAGUACGAACCAUCUAUAAAAUGUUUUUUGAGUAGUGAGAUGAAUAAUAUCAUUCGGCGUAUAUUUUCAAAUUUAAUGCCAAACAAUGCCACACUAAAUCUAACUGAAACGAAGAAUCAGGCAACUAUCUAUCUAAAUGAUAAACCAAGAAUUUUUCAAUCAGGAAGUCAAACAGAUUUACAUACUAUAAUCCCAUUUUUGUUUUCUGCUAUAAAUAGUACUACUUUUUAUGAACAUACAAAUGGAAAUGAAUUAAUUUCUCAUGAUGAUAAUGUACAUAAUGAAGGAUUUUGUGGAGAUUCAUAUUUAAAAAGACGUCAGCUCGGCGCAAGAGCAAUGCAUGAAGCUUCAGAAAUUUUGCAUUAUUUAAGCAUUGCUAUCACAGCCUUAUUCUUUUUGUGUGUAAUAUUGAAAUUAAUUUGUAUUGGGAAGGAAUUUUUUCGAGAUACAAAUGAAUACUUUGAUGGAGCAAUUAUAGUAGCCUCUCUAGCUUCCGAUGUACUGUAUGUUCGUUAUGUAUCCGAAACUGCAGCUGCAAUGGUUGUUUUAUUGUUAUGGCGGAUUAUUCGAAUCAUAAACGCCCUUAUGAUGCACAAGAAACAACAAUAUGAAUUUCGAAUAGCAAUGCAAAAGCGUUCAAGAAGAAUUUUAGGAAGAAAAAUGGAAGUUAUACGUACUGAAAAAGAAAUGCAAGAUAAACAUAUACUUGCUCUAGAAAACUUACUCAAAGAAAUGGGAGUUUCAAGUGAUACCAUACGCAAAUGCAAGCCAUUAUAUAAAAAAUGUACAAAAGAACAAACAAACAAUGCCUUAAAAUCUAUUGCAGCAUUAACUACAGGUUUUAUGGGUGGUCUUGUUGGUGCACCUUCACAUGUUCAAGAUGUUAUAUCAAAGUAUGGUAAUAGUAAAUUUUCUAGUACACAAAAUUUUACACAAUCAACAUUACAACAGUCAGGAUCUCUAAAUGUAUUAUCUAAAUAUCAACGUCAAUCGGUACCAAGGUUAGUACAUAUUCAACUUCCUGGAAAUAAACGUUUGCACAACCAACAAAUGUGUAACAAUUAUGAAAAAAGUACAAACUAUUCUUAUGGCGAUCGCGACCAUAUUUCUGAUGAAAUAAAACCUCCUAGCAUCAUACAGGCUACAGAUGAAGAUAAUUCAGACUUUGACAAACUUUUUAAAAGACCACGUGCAUUCAGCUUGAAUCCACAAGAACACUGGAGUUCACUUCAAGAAAAACAAUUUCAGUCAUUAUUAUUACAAAGUGAGUCUACGACAAAAUUAACCAAAGGUCUUCAAACAAUGAAGUAUCUCAAUGAUGCAGACAUUCUGUGUGAGAAAGCAGAGAAGUCAUCAACGUCGAUAUUUUUAAGGCAUACAUCAGAUGAUACAUUGAAUGAAACCAUAUCAAAUUAUUACUUUGCUAAUACUUCUAAAGGUCAUCACCACUUUUUAAGAACAUUACCAAAUAUAUUUAAAAAAGCUUUGAAUAUAAACAAGCACAAAACAAAUAUCCUAGAAGAAGAAGGUGAAAUAAAUGAACAAGAUGAACAUAAUAAACUAGUUGAUCAAAAACAAAGAAGAAACUAUUUAUUACAUGGAAAAGAGAAUUUUGAAAGAACCAAUAAUUCAUAUCCUCAUUCACAAACUACAUCAACGGUACAAGAAAUAUUAGAAAAUGAUGAACUGUCACCAGUAUGUAAUUUAAAUGAAUCAAAUGAGUUUAUGGAUUCUCAAACAGAUAUUAUGUUUAUGAAAGAUAAUAAAAUUAGUAGUAAUACAAAUAAAGAUUACUUGGUUUCAUCAAAUGUUGUACAGAAUAAUGAUAAACAUUCAAGUCAACUUACUAAUAAUGAUCAUAUUAAUGAUACUAAUACUAAAAUAUCCAUAAAGUCUGUUCAUAAUACAAAUAAUAGUGUACAUAAUGUAUAUAAUGAAUUAGCUAUUAAUAGAAAAGAAUCUGAUGAACAAAUAUGGAUACUUCAACCAGGUUAUAUAUGGUGUCAAAAUGAAAAUCAAGCGAAGUUAUCUACUAAGAAAAGAAAAUAUUCUGCAACAAAGAUAGCCUUUAAUGGGUAUCCUUUUUUUCAUCUUCUACUCUUAAAAUGUUCAGUCUCCGCCAAAAGAAAAAUCUCGAACAAUGAAAAUAAAGCAGGUAUUUUCUCGUGAUAAAGCAUCGAACAGAAUGUCAAAGGCAUUAUCAUUAAAACCCCAGUCGACAAAUUCAUAAUUUUACCUUUUUAUUUUCUCUUCAAAUUGCAAUGGAUUCAAUACAUUAGAAAAAUAAACUUAUUGAAUCAUUUUAUUGGUUUCCCUAUUUUCUUUGUUUAUUUUACUUGUAUUUUAGUGCGACUGUGUUGUUUUUUCUCAAGAAGUAUGAUACUAAACGUAACUUUUUUCUAGUACUUACAUCGACUGUGUUUCUUGUUUACAAUUUAUUCAGUUGUACUAUAUUACUGACACAUCAUUGUAAAUUCACAGAAAUACAUAGAUGGGAUGUUUGAAGGAAACAUGUACUGAAUACUAAAGAUUUUACAAAUGUAAGUGAUGUCUUUAAUAUUCUAAUAGAACAACUGCUGAUAACAACAUUACACUUCAUGCUAAUGUUCGAACAAUUUUUUAAUGGAUAGAUAUCGUAUACUUUUUUAAUUAACUACAAUCAUUCUGGAGGAAUGUGAAAGAAUUGAAACACAAAAUCAUAAACAGGAAUGUUUGACAAGUGGAAUACAUCCAGAAGAGAGUAAUUAAGGGAAAAUGUGAAACACAAUGUAGUCUAGACUUGUAUAUUUGUGAAUAUUGGUAUUUAAUCAUUAUAUGGAUCAAAGCAAACAAUUACAUUUUAUUCUGUUGGCUGUGAAUAGAUAGAAAUUCUAUUUUUCUUCCCUCAACCUUAAUUAUAAACAUACUCAUGACGCCUUAUUUAAACGAGAAUUCGAAGAGUGAAAUUCAGAAUCUAUCUUCAAGAGGGAAUUCCAUUUGUCAACAUGGUGGUACCAGAUCGAAAAAUGAGGAAAGUGAACUUCUCCCUAUAAAUGUUGCUCAUCAUUCAGAAAAUUCUAGAAUACAUCGAUCUAUUUGAUCACUCAGCCACUUUUUUCUCCUGUUUUUUUAUGAAAAUUUUUAUUGUAAAGAAACAAUAUUCCCAUUUUGCUAAUGAAAUGAACAAAUCAUUUUCCACUAAUAAAUAAAUUAUUAACCGUAUGAAUAAACUGACUUGUAUUUCCCACUUUUUGAAAUGUUUUACCAAUGAAAUGAUUUA